GGAUCACGUGGGAGAAAUUCCACGCCUCGUGAAGAGCCUGGAGGAAGUACCAUUUGGAAAGAGUAGAAAAAAUGGCAGACAGCGCAGAAAUUAAACCAAUAGACAAUGAAGAAAUCGAAGAAACACCGGGCUAUGUUCCUCCUGCCGAAAAAUCCUUGAAGGAAAUUCAAGACCUUGAUCAGGACGAUGAAUCUUUGCAAAAAUACAAAGCACAAUUGUUGGCCGGGGCGGGCGAAAAGUUAGACGAAGGUGGUGCAAAUGUUUUAGUCAAACAACUGGCUAUUAAAGUAGAGGGUCGAGAUGAUAUCAAGAUUGAUCUCACUGCUGAUGAUCUUUCAAAGUUAAAGUCAAACCCUUUAGUCAUCAAAGAAGGAGUAGACUACCGGGUAGAAAUCUUGUUCAGGGUGCAAAGAGAAAUUGUGGCUGGUUUAAGAUAUUUCCAAGUCAUUUCAAGAAAGGGAAUUAAAGUUGACAAGAAUGCGUUUAUGGUGGGUAGUUAUGGUCCAAAGGCAGAAGCCCAAUGUUACUUAACUCCAUCAGAACAAGCCCCCAGUGGGAUGCUUUCACGAGGUCAUUAUACAGUUAAGAGCAAAUUUACAGAUGAUGAUAAAAAUGUUUUCUUGGAAUGGGAAUGGGCAUUUGAUAUUAAAAAGGACUGGGAGUGAUUUCUGGCUAAUACUAAUGACAAUAG